UAAACACAAUGCAAUCUAAUCAAUAAUACAAUAUAACCAGAGAGCUGAAGCAUCAAAUCCUUCAUUGGGAACGCCUGUUGAUCUUCCACCCUCUAGUUGAUGAAUUCUUGAUGGGUAACCUCCACUGUCAGAUCAAAAUCCAUACGACCCUCUAGCGUCAAGUACCACCGCCUCCCACCCCGCCCCAACUUAUUUGCCUCCAGAGCCGAACGAGCGAGCGAGAGAGGGGAUGAGAUCGGGGGAGUGGUUAGAGAAGGCGCUUCUGGAGCUAUGCGGGAAGAUACAAGGCGUGGAGUUGGACGCUGAUCUCAUCAGUGGUCUCGUCUCCUUCUGCGAGCUUGCCCCGCCCCAAGAUGCUGCCGAUUACCUCACAAAUAUUAUAGGCCUAGAAGCUGGUCAGGAUGUGAUUCAGGAAUACUUGCAGAGAAGAGGUUAUGUGGAUUCCUCUGUCAGCAAUCCAGAUGUACAAACAUCAAAAUUUCAAGCCUACAUGAAGCCACCUGCAGAUGAAGGAAUGACUUUCGCACAAAAAAAACAAGCAAGAAUGCCAAAAGAGACAACUGCACCAAUUACCCAGGAUACGAGGAGUCAAAAAGAGGCUAUCGAGUCAAAAAGCAUUCCCAGGGGAAGCCAAGGUAUCCCCAAAAAGAAAAAAGGUGGAAAGGUCAUCUCUCUUGCUGAGGCAGCUAAAGGAUCUGUCGUUUUCCAGCAGGGAAAGCCAUGUUCAUGCCAAGCUCGCCGUCACAAGCUUGUGAGCAACUGUUUGUCUUGUGGCAAAAUAGUGUGCGAACAAGAAGGCGAGGGUCCAUGCAGUUUCUGUGGUGCACUUGUGUUGAGAGAAGGCAGUACGUAUGCUGGCCUAACUGACCUAGCAGUUCCUCUUUCUGAAGCAGAAGCUGCAGCUGAAGCAUAUGCAAAGAGGCUUGUAGAAUAUGAUCGAAACUCUGCUGCACGGACUAAAGUUAUUGAUGAUCAGAGUGACUAUUAUGAGAUUGAAGGAAAUAGCUGGCUUUCUGCAGAGGAGAAGGAGCUUUUAAAGAAGAAGCAAAAGGAAAUUGAAGAAGCUGCCGAAGCUAGGAGAGGAAAUGUGAUUGUUACCUUUGAUUUGCUUGGCCGCAAGGUAAUAAUGAACAAGGAUGAAGCCUCAGAGCUGGAGUCAGAGUACAGGAUACUAAGACCACCCGAAGAAAGAGACAUAAACCGCAUAAAGCCUAAUCCUAGUGUUCGAGUACAGCCCAUGUUUGUUGACACAGGACCUGCUAAAAAACCAGUUAAAGGAAAAGAAACCAAGAGAUUAGCCAACGGCUUAUGCCUAGAAAUAAGCGGGAGGGUGCAGCAUGAUGACAGCGAGCUACGCCAUCUUACGAGUGGCAGUCAGAGGGAUGGAGUUUCUUGGCAAGUUCAUGAAGGAGAUGAUCCAGAGUUGUCUCUUGAUUAUAACUAAGUACCACUCGAUCUAGACGAGGAAUUUAAGUGGUGUAUGUAAACUGAAUGCAUUGUCAGACUAGGGCAAAAAUCUAGAUCCUUGUUUGCAUUUUUUUGCUUUGUAGAGGCCCUGUAGAUGGUGGACAAAGAUCAAAGUUUUGACUUUGGCAAUGGUUGCGAAAUACUUGAAAAUCCAAUGAUGCUUUGGAUUUUCUUUAAAAGCACAAA